CGACCCUUUGUAUUCUCAGUAAAGUAAUUAUCAUGUGUAUAUAUAUUCGUUUUAUUGUCUUAAUCUUCAAAGAGACUACAAGAACCACAAGCGGAAUGGGGAAGAAAAAGAUCAAGAAAAGCCUCCGAGCAAAGCGUGUGCGAAACUGUCAUACAUGGACAGAACUAGCAGACGACCUUAUAAUAUCGAUAAUGUCAAGGUUGACAACCUUGGAAAUCCUGACGAGCGCUCAGGUGGUGUGCAAGGUGUGGUUCAACAUCUGUAAGAACCCUCUCAUGUGGCGCACCAUUGACAUGAGAGGAGAUGACUUAUAUUCCUUAGGAAAAAAGUACAAUUUGAAGAAAAUGUGUCGACACGCGGAGCAGCUGUGUUCGAGUAGACUUAGAAGCCUCCGACUCGUGCAAAUAUUGUGUGGAACUGGGAAAAGUGGCUUCGAAGUUUCCAUGAAAUCUGGUACACUGGACAACGCACUUGCAAUAGCAGGAACUAUGCACGGUUUGCAGCACCUCCAAGUUUUCGCAAAUGAGCUGACAGAUGAAGGCUUGCGAGAAAUUCUUGACUGUUGUCCUCGUCUCGUGUCGCUCGGCCUGCGCUAUUGUUUUAACCUUAAGGUCGAUGGAGAUUUGAGAAUGAGAUGUGCUGAAGGAAUCAGAACAUUGUGGCUGCCCGAAGAUUCCAUUGCCGACUAUGAAUUUGCUGAAGCAGCUCAAGACGACGUCAUUUGUUCCGAGUUAGACUUAUCAGGAACGUCGUCAGUAUAG